UGGCGGCCGCAGAGCAGUUCAGUUCGCGCACUCGUCGUCGCCGGCGUCUCUUUGGGGCUCUCCUCGCGUCACUGGAGCCAUGGCGUUCGCCGAGACCAACCCGGCGGCAUCCUCCCUGCCCAACGGCGACUGUGGCCGCCCCGGGGCGCGGCCCGGGGGGAACCGGGUGACGGUGGUGCUGGGCGCGCAGUGGGGCGACGAAGGCAAAGGGAAGGUGGUGGAUCUGCUGGCGCAGGACGCCGACAUCGUGUGCCGCUGCCAGGGAGGAAAUAAUGCCGGCCAUACAGUUGUUGUAGAUUCUGUGGAAUAUGAUUUUCAUCUUCUACCCAGUGGAAUAAUUAACCCAAAUGUUACUGCAUUCAUUGGAAAUGGUGUGGUAAUUCAUCUUCCCGGAUUAUUUGAGGAAGCAGAGAAAAAUGUCCAAAAAGGAAAAGGUCUGGAAGGCUGGGAAAAAAGGCUUAUCAUAUCUGACAGAGCUCAUAUUGUAUUUGAUUUUCAUCAAGCCGCUGAUGGUAUCCAGGAGCAACAGAGACAAGAACAAGCAGGAAAAAACUUGGGUACCACAAAAAAGGGCAUUGGCCCAGUUUAUUCUUCCAAAGCUGCUCGGAGUGGGCUGCGGAUGUGUGAUCUGGUUUCUGACUUUGAUGGCUUCUCUGAGAGGUUCAAAGUUCUGGCUAACCAGUACAAAUCUAUAUACCCCACUCUGGAAAUCGACAUUGAAGGCGAAUUACAAAAACUCAAGGGUUAUAUGGAAAGGAUUAAACCAAUGGUGAGAGAUGGAGUUUAUUUCCUCUACGAGGCCCUGCAUGGACCACCAAAGAAAAUCUUGGUAGAAGGCGCAAAUGCAGCUCUCUUAGAUAUUGAUUUUGGAACUUACCCUUUUGUGACCUCUUCGAACUGUACGGUUGGAGGUGUCUGUACCGGGUUGGGAAUGCCCCCCCAAAAUGUUGGGGAAGUGUACGGGGUCGUGAAAGCUUACACAACUCGAGUUGGCAUUGGUGCCUUCCCAACAGAGCAGGACAAUGAAAUUGGAGAAUUAUUACAAACAAGAGGUCGAGAGUUUGGGGUAACCACUGGUAGGAAAAGAAGGUGUGGCUGGCUGGACCUGGUUUUGCUCAAAUAUGCUCAUAUGAUUAAUGGAUUUACUGCGUUGGCACUUACCAAAUUGGAUAUUUUGGACAUGUUUACGGAAAUUAAAGUUGGAGUUGCUUACAAGUUAGAUGGUGAAAUCAUACCUCAUUUCCCAGCAAACCAAGAAGUCUUAAAUAAAGUUGAAGUUCAGUAUAAGACACUGCCAGGUUGGAGCACAGACAUAUCAAAUGCAAGGACAUUUAAAGAACUGCCUGUUAAUGCACAAAAUUACGUUCGAUUUAUUGAAGAUGAGCUUCAAAUUCCAGUGAAAUGGAUCGGGGUAGGUAAAUCCAGAGAGUCUAUGAUUCAGCUCUUUUAAGGAUUUCCAGUGAUGCAAGAAACACUCCUUCAGGAGGGAGGGAAAGGACUUUAUUAAAUAUUUCAUUUAUGAUCUGCAAAUUUCAAGAAGAAAGACAUCAAAGUGAGUUUUAAACCCUAGAGUUGUUUCCAGUCCCUGAAGAUGGCUGGUUGAUGUGGAGAGAAACUUCUGGCGUGUUCCAGUGUCAGCCGCCUCCGCUGGCAGAAUCGCUGAGUCAUGUGUUGCUCCUGCUGCUCACGGUGCCACGUUUUCUUUCAGUGUUUAGUCAUAGUAUGAUCUGUGUUGUUUGAAAUCUAAAGUAGAAUUCCUUUCAGUGUAGUUUUUCUUCACUCUUGUCAUUGUGUGUUCUUAGGUUUUAUCUCUACUAAACGGGAAGAACAAUUAAUGCAGUUUUGCACAAAUAUUUUUUACAUUCUGGUCAUUCAAUUUGUCAGUGUGAUCUUUGCUGUUAGGAAAAAAAUGAUGAAAAGAGGAUUCUGUAAACUUUUGUAAUGCUAUAAAUUCUGUUUAACUUGUGAACUGUUUAUUUUCUGCUGAGACCAUUGCAAAUUUGAGCUUUGGCGAGGGAGGGGGAGGGGAUUAUAUUCAUGUAUCCUUUAAUUUGUACAGAACACAAAACUUACUUCACUGUAAAUUAUUUAAUACGUUUGGGCAUUUAAUUAAAUGUCCAGAGAAAGAUGUUCCCUAAAACAACAAUCUUAAUGUUUAAAAAUAUUAGUCAUUAAAAGAUCGUUGUGAUAAUUGGUGGAUAUUUUUCUUUAAUUUCAGGCAUUAACUCUGAAAUGUAUAGCUGUUUUUUUUUUUUAUCUUACCAUUAUUUCUAAAUCUAAUGGAUUGAUUUUCAACAUUGUGCCUGCCAGUAUGCCUACAGAAUUAUCUAUAAGUGUCCACAUGAACCCAAAUUGUCAGUCAUAAUUUUGAUCAUGCCUUUAUUUUUUCUUUCUUGGAAAAAAAGAGGUGUUGUUUUGACAGUUAGGCUUAACCUACUGUGUUGUAGAUUAUCCUUCAGUGAACUAUUUUAAAUGUUUAAAUUAGGUGCCACUUAAAUUUAUUUUAUUAUACCAUCAAUAGCUGAUUAAAAAGAACCAAAUAUUUCUAGUAUGGUUUGUGUAUUGUGUUUUUGUUCUAGUAAAAGAAGUACUGGUAAUACUAGUAUAUAAAAGAGGAGCUUUAUUCCUGUAGUAUGUAGGGAUGGGGUGGGGAGACAUCAAAACAGACUUAGAAAAGAAUGUAAAUACCUUUUGUCUUCACUAGACAUAUUUUUAUUAAUACUUCAGGAAAUUCUGAAAUAGAGCCAGCCUUGCUGGAUUCAAUAAACAAAAAGGAUAGUACAGAUGAUCUUAUAAGCCCAUUGCCAAUCAAUAAUGACUUUUGUGUAAAAUUCGUAUUUAAUAUUACAAUAAAUAAUUUU